AUUUAUUUAUUUUGUUUUUUUUUGUUUUUUUUUUUGUUCUUUUUUUUUUUUUAAUACUUUAUUACGGAUUUAUACGUUUCAAUAUUAUCAAAAAUUACAAUUUGUAAGACGUGAUCUUAAAACCUUUUCGUUAAAAGGAAUGAUCAGACUAUAAUUGAUAUUUAAAAGUUUAAAUGAUAAGUAAAUGGGAAUAGUACCAUUUCGUGAGAAAAUAUUAACACGUAGCUCUGUUGGUAAUACAUGAUACAAUAUCUACGCACCUCGGCAAGGUCUAUGCUGUGUGAGGGUCUUUCAAGACUACCCCCAAGUCCUAUUCAGAAGACAGAGGAAAGCAACAACAAUAACUCUUCUGGAGAGUCUGGCAGUGAACGUGCUCAUAGUCCUGCGGCAAUGCCCUCAGCACUAGGUUCAAAAACAGACUCGUCUAGAAUUUCAUCAUCUCCUUCAGACCAGAGGAGAUCCGAUAAUGAAAGCAAUACGGUAAAUACAAAGGAUGAGCAUAAAAGGAGUGACCGAUCUGACCGUAACAAGCAUACUACCAGUGAAAAAAAUCGUCGAUCAUCAUACGAUGAUAGAAAACAGCGUGGUGAUAAUAAUACUCAUAAUAAAGAUACUAAGGAGAAACGAAGUAAGGACGAUGAGAAAAAAUCACGUGACGAGGAUAAACGUAAAGAGAAAACCGAUGAGAAAGAAAAGAAUGAAAAAGAUCAUCAUUAUCGUGACGAUAGUCGAAGGGAUCGAACUCGAGGUGAUAGAAACGACAGAGAUAGACGUAGAGACAGAGAAAGAGAAAGAGAACGUCGUCAUUCUAGGGACGAAAGAUCUAGGGAUCGACAUCGGGAAGAAAGAUCGAAUUAUCAUAAAGAAAAGGAUCGUACAAGAUCAAGAUCAAGAUCAAGGGAUCGUGCCCCACCACCCUUCAGAACAAUGAGUUAUAGAGAGGAAAAGGGAAGAAAUAAAUUGGCUCAAUUAGAGAAAUUAGGAAUCGAAUUGAAAGCACCAGAAGGUGAUACUGUAGCUUUGGGAAUUCAAAGCGAACAAAAUUAUUAUAAUCCAUUGACCACUGCUACUCAAGGGAAAUAUGCAGAACAAAUUCAAAAGAGGAAAUUAUUAUGGGCUAAUAAGUCGAAACAAGAAGAAGGUAAAGGUAGUUCCAAUACAGCUACUACAGUGAACACAUGGAUGGGUACAACAUUUACCCAUGAUCAAGAUGGGAAAGUAACUGCGAAAUUUAAGAGACUGAUGGGUAUAAAAGGAGAUUUACCUAACACACCAAUUGCAGGCGCGAAGCCUGAUAUUUUGAAGAAACAGGAAGAAAUGUUUAAUAAUAUGGAACAACAAUACGAAGUAGCACGUGCAACUACACACACUCAACGUGGUGUAGGACUAGGAUACACCACCGGUGGUUAUCAAUUUCCACGAUAAAUUAUUAUUAUUAUUAUUAUUAUUAUUAUUAUUAUUAUUAUUAUUAUUAUUAUUAUAAAAAUUAUUAUUAUUAAUAUUUACUUAAUGAAAGAAAUUGAAAUUCUCAGAAAAAAAAAAGAAAAAGAAAAAGAUGAAACUAGGUAAACUGUAUUAUAAUAUAGAAAUAUUUGUAAGUUAUCAAAACGAGAUUAAAAAAUGGAAAAAAAAAAAAAUAGUCUUCUGUUCGAACUUGUGUCAUAAAAUUUUCGUAAGAACUUAUAUCGUAGUCUCAAGAAUAAAUAUAAGUUGUUUCAGUGCAUUCAUAAAGAGAUAAAAAUCUAAGAGCAUUACAAUAUUACCGAGUAGACUUAUAUAAAAAAUUUAUCAAUAAUAUUAUUAUUUUCUUUUAACUUCUUUAUUAAAUAUGUACAGGAAAUACAGAUGUAAAAAGAAUAACUUGUUCGAAGAAAUUGUUGAAACAAAUAUGUAGAUUUUUUAAUCCUUUCCUUUUUUUUUUAAUUUUUUUUUUUUUUUUAAACUGGCAGCGUUUAGCAAUUGUAUUGAUUAUGUUUACAUUUUGAAAUAAAUUAAUUAAACCUGUAUGAUGUGUAUGUAAUAAAGCAGAUUCUAUUAUGUAA